GAAAAAGUUCUAUUUUAAAUCGGUUAAUGGCGACUGAACACAUGUUUUCUUCAGCCAGUGAACCAGGUGCAUCACGAGGAACACCGCAUGCACUUUCUGGAAGUGUUGAAUUAACGUGGCUUAUUCAAGAAACUUGCAGUAUUGGUCUAUGGAAAUCAGUCAUGCAACCCUACUAUAAAAAUACUACUACUGAAAUUGUAUUAUUAGCAAAUCUACAUGGAAAUGCCAUAGAAUACUUUGAACAAGUUGAAUGGUUACAACAAUUUGCAUCGUGUUUCUUGGUCUUCGUAAUGCCAAACUGCGAACAAGAAGAAUGGGAUCAAUUUACUAAGAUUGUAUGCUCGGAAAAGUUCGUCUACGCAAUGGUAGAUCCUAAAAAUGAUGAAACAGAUGAUCUUAUCAUUGAAACUCGAAAUUUAAUGAAAGAUGAAGAAUUACAAAAGGCACGCCUGAUGAUUAAAGAAGCUCUUGAAUAUGAUUCGGUGAAAGUCGAUUUCGAAAAGGUCAGGAAAGGAGAGACAUUGAAAUUAGCUGAAGGAAUUGAUUGUAUAGAGUCGCAACGCGUAAUAGAUUUUGUAAGGAAAAAUACAUGCCUUGGCACCAAACAAAUGAUGCAGCUUCAAAAACGCCUGAUAAAUCAUAAUGACUCUAAGGAGGAUGGCUUUGAGUUAUGGAAUAAAAAUUCUCAAUUACAAAAAUUGAUAAAGCUCUUCGGAGAAGUUUUACACUUACCGCUUGAAAUAAGAAAAAAGGCAAUGGCUCAUUUGGAGAGAGAUCUUUACCAUAUCUCAUCAGAAGAGUCCUCUCAAGCUCGAAAAGAAGUUAUGUCAUUAAAAAAUCAAUUAUGGCGAAUUUCUGGAAUGACGACGAAAAACUCGGGUCAAUUACAAUACAUUAAGGGUGAAAUUAUAAAAAAGCUGGACAAAGUUGAUAGUAUGAGUUUGGGAUUAGAACAUUUUUUUCGUGAAUUGGGAGAAAUAUAUGAAAUCGCACUUACAAAUUCAAACCACACUACUCAAAGUGUUCUGAAGUACGCAGAACUUUAUGCUGAAUUGCUUAUUGAUGGUCAUGCCAUUGAAUUACUUGAUGGUGACGCUGGAAAUAUGUCAGGCACUUGGCUGUCAGCGAUUUGUAACGAAGUCACUAAGCGAUUCCCUGAGCUGCGGAUAUUUGUAAUUUCUAUACUUGGGCUCCAGUCAUCUGGAAAGUCUACUCUUUUGAAUGCUCUUUUUGCAUGCAAGUUUGCGGUGUCAGUUGGUCGUUGCACUCGAGGUCUUUUUAUGAGGCUUGUGUUUUUAGAAAAAAAACUCUGUGAAGAACUUAAAGUAGAUGCCAUCUUGAUAAUUGAUACAGAGG